AUGAAGUGCAACAAGCCGUUGCUUACUCACAAAAUCGAAGGCAACACAUCUGCUAUUAAGUAUUCGAUUGAAUAUAUAAUCGGUAAAAAUGGACAUUCCGAUGAAGACGCUAAAAAACAAUCUGCUGAAAUCUGUGGAAGGCGGACAACUGAUAUUUUUAUACCUGCUCAUAUUGCUGAAACAAAAAACAAUCCGAUUCUGAUAAAUAAUGAAAAUCCUGAGAAUUACCAGCACCACUGUCCCUGUGUUUAUGCAGAAUAUAAGGUGAGGCCACGUCAGAGUAGAACCAUAUUUACUUCUUGUCAGUUGCACGAGCUUCAGUUGGCGUUCGACAAAUCACCCUACCUGAGUGUGGCCGAAAAGGAGAGACUAGCUCGUAGAAUAAAUGUGCCAGGAAGAACAGUCGAUGUAUGGUUUCAGAACAAACGUGCAAAAUGGCGAAGGCAAAGCAAGCUGAAAAGUAUAAAUAGGCACUGUUGCAUCAGCUGCAGGACAACCGCACAAAACACUAUGACAUCGUCAAUGGCAGAAAAUGGCUUUUUCUCUUCAACUCCAGAGCACAACACUGGACCAGAGUUUUCAACAUUAUUUACGGGGCCAAUGAACAUCAAUCCCCAUUUACAACAGCAUGCAUUCUACUUAAGCAGCUUCUUAAAACCACCCCAAAUAUUUUACAAAUAAGAUUUUGAAGUUCAAAAUCCACUAUGCACUGCUACUAUAUUCUAUGAUUUGUGUACUCUUUUCAAUAUUAAUAGAUCAAAAUUCUAUGUUUCCCAUGUAUAUUUAUCUAUUGAAUAAACACAAUAUUUUAUAAUAAUAUUGAUAAA